UCGAGCAAACCCACCUUCAAAGCUUUUCACUACCCGAUGACGGUAACCCUUGUGCAAUUUGCGGUCGGAAGUGUGCUUGUUCUUACAAUGUGGACUUUAAAUCUGUAUAAGCGGCCUAAUAUCAGUGGAUCCCAGCUUGCUGCAAUUCUUCCAUUAGCAAUGGUACAUACACUAGGCAAUCUCUUCACGAAUAUGAGCCUUGGCAAAGUUGCUGUUUCAUUCACUCAUACAAUCAAAGCCAUGGAGCCUUUCUUCUCUGUGGUCCUCUCUGCCAUGUUCUUGGGAGAGUUUCCCACACUCUGGGUAGUUUCGUCGCUUAUGCCAAUUGUUGGUGGAGUAGCUUUGGCAUCGAUGACUGAGGCCUCUUUUUAUUGGGCUGGUUUUUGGAGUGCUAUGGCCUCAAAUUUGACUAAUCAAUCGCGCAAUGUCCUUAGCAAAAAGUUUAUGGUAAAGAAAGAGGAUUCCUUAGACAAUAUCACUCUGUUCUCAAUAAUUACCAUCAUGUCCUUCUUGAUGGCACCUAUUCCCUUUUUCAUGGAAGGCUUUAAGCUUACACCCUCAUACCUUCAGGCUACUGGGGUGAAUGUCAAUCAGCUUUACACCAGGUCACUCAUUGCAGCUCUGUGCUUCCAUGCAUAUCAACAGGUCUCGUACAUGAUCUUGCAGCGCGGAUCUCCUGUCACUCAUUCUGUGGGUAAGCGGGUGGUGGUGAUUGUCACUUCGGUUCUCUUCUUCCGCACACCUGUCUCACCUAUCAACUCCCUAGGUACUGGAGUAGCCCUCGCCGGAGUGUUCUUGUAUUCGAGAGUGAAGCGCAUUAAGUCGAAGCCCAAGACGGCUUGAGGUUUUAGUGUUGGAUCAAAAUUUUGUUUUGUUUUGUUUUGUUGAUGAUUCUGUUGGUAGACUAGACUAGAAAAUCAACCAUUGUUGUAUGCUGCUUUCCAGUACAAGGUGUUUAUCACGGUUUUAGGGCACAAGUACUAAAUUUAUGUAUUUAUGGGCAAAUUACCUUUUAUUCUAUAAAACUAAAUGUAUAGAUAAAAACAAUAAGAAUUCAUUG